CGAGAUGGCAACCGACGAGACCCGGCCCUAAAAUGACCCCCUUACAGUAUGCGCACGUGACCGCAAGGCAGUGUUUUUUCCCCUCAGUCCUCACUGACUGCGAUAUCGACUCGAUGCCACCGACCCGUUCCUCCACGCGGGCAAAGCCCAAGCCGAAGUCCGCGUCAAGCUUGAAUAUCCCCUCGUCGAGCAAAACGCGCGCAGGCCCUCGUGGCCCAAAGAGCAGCACCGAAGAAAAGGAGGACCCAGUAGCUGCGAGGAUGCGACGGGCGAUGGAGGAGGCGGAUGACGAGGACGAGGAUGAGGAAGUGAGUAUCGUUGCUGGCGAGGAGCUGGAUGCCGAUGAAAUGGACGACGACGAGGAUGAGGACGCGGACGAGGAUCGACUUGAAGAUGAUGAUGGCAUGCGCGCAUCUUCCCCCGCGUUCGGCGAGGCAGAUUCAGGGGAGGACGGCUCGUCGGAUGAGGAUGUCGGUGAAGUCGAGGAAGAUGCAGAAGACGAGGUUAGGCUCGACGAUGACAGCCAAGAGGACGAGGACGAGGACGAGGACGAGGACGACGAUGACACACUCAAUCCCUCGCCGCCCAGUGCGUCGUCCGGCUACCUCCCGGACCACCUCUUCUCCGCCGCGUUCGCUCCCAAGUCCACAUCUACCUCGAACUCAAAAUCGUCUCCCGCGGCACCCCAGAAGAAGAUCCGCCGCAAAAAACGGCGGAACGGGCCGAAGGACAUCGUCCUCGGAACGCGCACGCUGCGCAUCACCCCCACCGCUGCGUCCUCCGCAUCGCCCGCCGCCAACGGCGCGCUGCUCCCCUCUCGCACGGCGCAGACGUUCACCAACCGCGUGCUGCAGUUGAAGCCUGGUGCUCUGAAGCGGGCGAAGGGCAGGCCGAAGGCGGGGUGGGAGCGCGUUCCGGUCAACCUGGGGUCUAUGCGUGGAAGAGCGAUUGGCCCCGCGCGCGGCUUCGCACGAGGACAGCUGUAGCACCGCCGCGUUCGACUUGACAGUCUAUCUGUCUAUCUAUCUCCCCCGUUUCUGCGCAGGUGACGUCGGCUUGGUCGUCAAUAACCAUCCGUCGAUUCCGUGCAACACCGCGGGGGCGAACGCGUGAAUGUCAACGUCUUCUGCUGGCAGUAGUUGUCCUAAAUCCAUCUCUGAACGACCAGACCGAGAUGCGAUCCGUACCGCACAGCAUCUUGGCUGCACAUAGUUUAGAGAAUGCCCUUUUACUGCUUGGUAUGAUACUCGAAUACACUGGACUCAGAUUACUGUCC